CUGUACCUUACUGCCAACUGUACGAAAUGGUUACGUCGUUGUUUUUCUUCCAACGAAUCAGAAUAGGUAAUAAAUGGCUGUGGGCUGAUAAAAGUAACAGUCCUAUAAAACUAGGGUCACUGGCCAAAUAACAAUGAAAGACGUUCAUUGUUAAUCACUACGCAAAAUAGAGUGCACUCCUUUGUAAUCGGGAGUACUUCGCCUACGCUGGAAACGACCGCAUGGUUCUGCAGAGUGCGUGUACAGAAAAGGGACUAAAAGUAGAAAUCAGAAGAAAACAUGGGAUUUGUAGAGGAUACGCUUAUAAUACUUGUAACUCAGAUAUUAUUCUUUGUUGGAGGAUGGGUGUUUUUUGUGAAGCAGCUUUUCCGUGACUAUGAAGUUCACCAUACCCUGGUGCAGCUUAUAUUUUCUGUUACGUUCUCCUUGUCAUGCACAAUGUUUGAGCUGAUAAUUUUUGAAAUUCUUGGUAUUCUGGACUCAAGCUCAAGAUACUUCCACUGGAAUGUUGGAUUGUAUCUGAUGUUGUUCAUGGUGAUAGUACUUAUACCAUUUUAUAUUGGCUACUUCAUUCUGAGUAAUAUUCGUUUUGUGAGACGACAACUUAUUCGACCACUUACUGUGCUGAUCUGGUUGGUUUACAUCUAUUUCUUCUGGAAGAUUGGAGAUCCAUUUCCAAUACUGAGUCCCAAACAAGGCAUACUGUCCAUUGAGCAGGGGAUCAGCAGAAUAGGAGUUAUUGGAGUCACUGUGAUGGCUCUUCUAUCAGGAUUUGGUGCUGUUAAUUACCCUUACACAUCAAUGGCUUGCUUCAUCAGGCCAGUUGAUCCAAAGAAUGUCCAGGCUGUGGAGAAACGACUGAUGCAAACAAUGGAUAUGAUACUAGUCAAGAAGAAGAGAAUAGCUCUUGUUAAGAGGGGUACACUAGCAAGUAGUGCAAGAAUGGGAUCAGGAAACACCAGCAUCUGGAGUAUGUUUAGGACUGUAACUAAGACCAUCAGCAGUAAUAGUACAGAAAAUGUGUCUCAGCUGAAACAAGAAAUAGCUGGACUGGAGGAAUUGAGCAGGCAGCUUUUUCUGGAAGCACAUGACCUGCAUAACAUGCAGGAACGAGCUGAGUGGUCCAAUACAUGGAAGGGGAAGUAUUUCAACUUCCUUGGAUACUUCUUCUCACUUUACUGUAUGUGGAAGAUAUUUAUAUCAACUAUCAACAUAGUUUUUGACAGAGUUGGAAAGAAAGAUCCAGUAACCAGAGGCAUUGAAAUUGCAGUACAUUGGGUCGGAAUUAAUAUUGAUGUGACUUUCUGGUCACAACAUAUUUCAUUCUUUCUUGUUGGCUGCAUUGUGGUCACUUCUAUUAGAGGUCUUCUUCUGACACUUACAAAGUUCUUUUAUGCUAUAUCCAGCAGCAAGUCCUCGAACAUAAUUGUUCUCAUUCUAGCUCAGAUAAUGGGCAUGUACUUUGUGUCAUCUGUGUUGCUGAUGAACAUGCCACCAGAGUACCGAAUCAUCAUUACACAAGUCCUGGGUGAACUACAGUUUAAUUUCUACCACCGAUGGUUUGAUGUCAUUUUUCUUGUUAGUGCUCUCUCAUCAAUUGGCUUCUUGUACCUUGCUCAUAAGCAAGCUGUGGGUGAUGGUGGCUAAAAGCUGCCAGCAUACGGCAGCAAUCGGAGCAUAAUGUGUCAGUCAAGAUAUUAAUAUCUCUAAGGAUGCUGUUUUAUGGAGGUAUUGUCAUAUUUUGACAUUUCUGUUUGUUCAGGAAUAAUGUAACAUCAGUCACAAACAAAUAAUGAUUCAUUUCUUAGAAGUCACUCUGAGAGAGAGACAAUUAAUAUAUAUCUGUUUUAAUCUUUCAGUUGGCAAAAUACUUCUAAACAAUGAAAUUUGCUUUAUUAAAUUUUAUAAUAUUAUUAUGGUUUUGUUCUUAAUACCAUCUACUGCAUCCAGAUGUUGCAACACAGGGAACUGAUUGAAUAUUGUGAAAUUCAUGCAGCAGACUGGUAAUUAAUAAAUGAUACUUCUAAUUAUUUGCAAUUCCAGUAGCAUAGUGAUGAAGAGAACUAUAUCCAAAAAUAUAUCAAAUGAGGAUGUCAAACUGUGUGAUAUCAUUCUAAAAGUUGUUACUGGUAAUUUCAGUAGUGUAGUGUUUUGUACAUACUAAGUUUCAGGUGACUGAUGAGUCACAUAUCAUGCAUCAUCUUCCAAAACCUUCAUUCAUUUGUGUGUGUGUGUGUGUGUGUGUGUGUGUGUGUGUGUGUGUGUGUGUGUGUGUGUGUGUGAACACUCUAACAAUUUCAUAGAUCUGGGAAGGAAUUAUGUACUAAAACGUACUAGAAAUUGGGUUCCUCUGCUGCUCUUGUUAAAUUACACCUGUAAUUUUAUGCUUCUAACAACAAUACAGUGCUUCACUAGGAUAGGAAAUUCUUUAUUAAUUGUGUAUUGCUUCCUGAAGAUUUGAAUGAAGUAUAGUGGAAUCAGCAUCUGCAUAGAGAGGCACUGCGCAUUGAUUCGGCACUAUGUAGUCGCCGAGAGGUGCGUGUGUAGCCUAUAGUUCCGAAGAAGCAAUAUUCUCAGUCUUGUUCAUGUGCUUGUUGAUGGCUCAAAAUGUCUCAGCUAUUCAGCUACUUAGUGAGUUGUUAUGUUUACUACUCCCAUUAUUUAUCUUCCACCAAGGACUUUCCAUUACCAUUUUAAGAUGUGAGUUAACUAUAUAUGACAAUAACACUUUAAACAGAGCAUAAAAUAUGAGUGGCCAAUAUUACACUAAUUUCUGUUUUUAAUCCUUUAGAACCAUGUUUUGUAUACUGAAUGUGAAUAUAAAAAUUAAUUGAGAAUGAUUGUGAAGAAAGUGAAGUGUAUGGGUCAGUCAACACCCUCAUCAAGUGUAAUUAACGAGAUGUGUGAGAAUUAAGACAUGAAAACAAACAAACUACUACAAAGAUGAUAGAUAUCAUAACUGAAGAUACCUUUUUCUGUAAUUCAAGUUUAGUGGUCAUGUUUAAAGGAAUGGGUAAUCAGGAUCUGAUUUGUCUGUCCCUGCUAGAAGUUUCUGAUAUAUUUGCAUACAGUUGUCUUCAGAAAUGUUCAUCCACAUUCUUUGUUUCUUGUACUUCAAGAUUUCCUUUCUUUUUGGCCCCACAUCAUUAUAAUAAUCUUUGUGCCAUAAUUUUAAAUGAUUAUGGAGACCAAAUGUUAAUGCACUUGUGGCUUAGGACUGCCCAUGCAAGCUACAUAUGGCUUGUUUUCUGUCCAAUGCUCUAUAAGAAACUGUCACACUUCCAAUCUUCAUUUUGACAUCUCUAAAACAUAUUUCCAUAAACAAAUUUUGCAAGAAUAAUACAUGAAACUAUAAAAACUUCAACAUACCUACUUCUCUGUGUGCUUCAUAAAUUAUACAAGAACACUCAUUGUCAGUGUCCUUCGCUUAUCUUUCAUCAAUAGACCACCUCUUCUGAUUCAUCACCACCUCCUGUGAUAGCAUUAUAAACAAUAAGAUCGAACACACUUGGCAGAAUCUCUGAUUUACUCAUCAGUUAACUAGUCAGCUGAUUGUCUUCUAAGUUUCCUGCUACCUGUUUCCAUUUGAUUGUUGGCAGCUGUGGUGGUUCCAGAGAUAACCAGAGAGAAUGCAAUAUUUAGUUUUUAGCAGCCACUUUCACACGUCUUAAUUAGACACAUCGUCCCAGAAAUUCAAAAUGUCAAAGUAGUUCCAUAGUCAGGAAAAGAGUGUAGGGGUGCAGAUUCAGGAAUCCUGCAGUGCCAUUCUAGGAAAAGUCCUAAUGAAGAUAGUUUGGCGUUGCUUUCAUCCAACUUAUUAUUAAGGAUCAUGCAUGUAACAUGUGAACAACUGUGAGGAGGGCUUGUACGAUGUCUUGUUGUGUUUUUGUUGUGAUGGAUGAAGUGAAGGGAGAGGAGGAAACCCAUUGCUGGCAUAUAGUCUACUCCUCUUGAAUAGUACCAAGGGAGCCGACUCGUUUAACAUCCCCCUUUAAUAGACGGAUCACCAUCAACAGUAUCACAUGCCUUCACUUCAUGAGACACUGCCGAGAGGUUUAGAAUUUAAUCAAGGACAUUGACACAGGGACUGGUGGUCAGGAACUUUACGCCACCACCUCUCCUCCCCUUACUGGCCAAAUAUUGGCAUUCAAAAUUUUCUACCAUUAGGAUUCAAAUUGGUUCACCCCUGAGUGAAAUGCCACUGCACAAGCAUACAUAAGUGACCUCAGCUAUGCAGGUGGGUUUUCACAGAAAUUACUUAAAUGAAAACUGCAGUGGUUUCUAGGAACGGAGGGACUGAUAACAGAAACACAAAAUGAACAUUUUGUAUAUCUGUUAGCACUGCUUACAUUGUUAAUGGUUCAGCAGUUCUGUUCCACAUAGAGCAACCCUGUAUGUUCAAUUAUUGUACUUUGAAUUUAUUGUGAUGGUGGAAAACUGAUUGAAAGCAAGCAAGGGUUUAAAAGGAGACACACACCCACAAUAAAGAAGAAUUACUAAACAGUAGAUAGGCUUACAAAGAAGAUGUCAGUGACUAGCUUUCUUCAUUGGAGCAUAGUGGCUUUUCUCAUACCAUAUUUGUAAUGAGAGUAAAUAGAGCAAUUUGAGUGUGUCUUAUCUAUUUAAACAGCUUGAUGUUAUCCUUUUUGUAUCACUCCAUGUCUGUUAGUUCCUCUUUCUUAUCAUUUGCUCUGUUAUCCAGUGCUACAUUAACAUUUUCCUCUUAAUUUGCUGAAUAUAUGUUCCCCGUGUUGAUGUAUAUACUUUCUUCACUGAAAGUGUCCAGUCUUUGACAGAUAGAGCUCAUAAGUCACGGUAGACUGUGAAUACAUUUACCCAGUGCUUGAUUUGUAAAAAAAGAGGUUCUGUACUGUUACUUCCUGGGGAGGAGGUGGGUGGGAAGGUGGGUUGUUUUUUAAAUUUAGACUCCUUAAAGUGUUAUUUUAAUGCUUUCUGCACAUUUUAAAAGUCAAAUACAACAUUUGUACUGGUAAAAAAUAAGUUAUAUCGUACAAUAUCUCAAAAUCUGUGGUUCUGAUUUUUUUUUUCCGGUAUUGAGUACUGGUGUGUACUGUCAAAAAUCAAGCACUGCAUUUAUCUGUUUGUGCCAUGUGUAGAUUUCUUAUGGACCUAUGUUGUGUGCUGCAAAGACUACUGGUGCUAUAAGCUAUGGUGAAAGACAUUUUGAGUGGAAUUUCUUGUACCAUUGCUACUGUGAAAUCCUUUGCAGAAGAAGAGCACAAGAAUAUUGAAAAAAUGUAAUUAGCAUUUAUUUUGUUUCCUCAGCUGUUUCACUUUUGUAAUGAAGGUUGUGUUACAUGUUCAUUCAUAGCACAUGCUUCAUAAAAUACCUCUAAAUAAACUGUGUUCACUGUGGUCUAUUAUGUAGAUAUUCAAUUGUGUUCAGUGCAUUUCAAAUUGUUAUUAUAUUAUAAAAUUGUAAACAUUCCUCCAUUUCCAAGUACAUAGUUCUAACAUGUGUAAUUUGUGAAUCAAGUGGGCUGUGCUUAUUUCCUUAAAAGGCUUUACCACAUUGUGUUCAAAAUGAAACUCGACAACAGAGAGAGAGAAUUUUUUUAACAAUAUUUCUUGUACUAUUUCUGUAUUGAAACUGCAAUUUAUGCAUCCUCAUUGUAUCAUUUUCAUUUAGCUUACAUAAAGGAAAGUUUUAUAGA